AAGCAAACGUCUAACUGAACAUUACCAAAACAUAAUUCAAGCAAAUAUGCACUCAAACAAUCUAUCAUUUGAUAACAUAUAGAAGUAGCACUGAAAGCUCUGUCAGAUCUUUACUCCCUGUCCUCCCUCCUCCCAGUGCUGCUGAGGAGCUGUCAUGUCUCGGUGUGAUUCAGAAAAAGAUGACAGUCAACGCUACGGAUGACUCGUACGAUAAGGCUCGUCAGAGCAUGGCCCAAGCUGAGGAGGAGACGCGCAGCCGAGGGGCCAUUGUCAUCAAGCACGGCGGGCGCUUCCAGAGCAAGAGGGUGACUGUGCGAGCCCCGGCUCCUGCGCUGGCCAGCCUCACCAAGCCCCGACACUCGUCCCAGUCUCUCCUCAGCAAAGUGAAGAGGGGUGUUGGCGUGUCCAAACCAAAGAAAAGCGCCUGCGCUUCACACAGGAGGAGCAUGGGUGACGUGCUGGAGAGGCCGCUCAGGGAGAGAGUGACACACCUGCUGGCUCUGAGGCCGUACAAGAGGCCUGAACUCAUCCUGAGGCUGCAGAAAGACGGACUGACAGCAGGAGAAAAAGAUCUGCUGAACUCUGUACUGAUGGAGGUUGGACAACUCAAUAGUCGAGACAACACAUUUGUUCUAAAGGAUUGUCUGUAUAAGGAGCUGCAGAAGGACUGGCCAGGCUACACCUCAGGAGACCAGCAGCUUCUUAAACGAAUCCUCGUCAGGAGACUGUUUCCGCCACAACAAAACCUCCUCUCCGUCCCAGAGGCCCAGGUCAGUCCACUGCGAGACACACCCAACUCCUCCCCAGCGCACCGUCCGAAACCUUCCCUUCCAGAGGAAUACACUGACCCUUUGGCGAGUAAGAAGCCCCGAAUAUCUCACUUGUCGAGGAAAACAGCCAGUGACAAGUCAAGAGUGCGGCUGACGGAACAAGCGGCUCAUACAGACGUCACAGAAGCUUUCGGAAAUGACGGGCAAACGGACUCACUUGAUCCUCGAAAGCUUUUUGACUCCUUGACAGAAGUCUGUGAGCGAGAAGCGGAAGUGGUCAAAAGACUAGAACCAACUCGGUGUGCUCAGGAGGAGCCCAAAGUCACAGCAGACCCCCCUCAACCCAACUCUGAUCGCCCUGCGUCCCCUCUGAUAGUGCCUGACCUGCACAGACACACAAACAAAAGGAAAAAGAGCAAACACAAACACAAAGAUCAGGAAAAGGACAGGUGGAGAGACAGUAAAGAAAGGAGAAAAGACCACACUUCAGAGGAUCCAAACAAUAAAGUCUCCGAGAAAUGCAUAGAGCCAAGUGAAAUGCUGUUUAACUCCAGUAAGCUUCAAGCGGACAACGACACAGCCGACUAUCUAAUGAAGUACACAGUGAUUUGCAGUCAAGAACAGAGACAGUGCUACAAGCAGGACUUUAACAGGGAGUACAGCGAGUACAGAGAUUUACAUGCUCGUAUUGACGAAGUGACGCGGCAGUUCAUGGAGCUGGACACGCAGCUCAAACGGCUACACCAUGAAUCUCAUAAAUACAAGGUAAAAAAACCCAAACAAACCAUGAAAUAAUCCAACAUUAUCAUUAUCUCCUGUUAGUUACUUAAAGGGUG